AUGCCCGGCCGAUCCAACUCACAGGCGCCAUCCCGCGGCCAAUCAAACACACAAGCGUCAUCCCAAAUGAACACGCGCAGGCAAACCAUUUCCACUGGCUCAUCUAGACGCCGUACCUCCAGGCUCGCCAAGGCACAAGAGGCCGCUGCGGAAGCACGCAGGGCAGCAUUCCUACGACUUUCUCAACGACGAGGGCUGGGGGGUCUGGCGAAUAGUUUUCCACAAGAAUCGAGUGAAGAAUCUGACGCAAGCGAAGAUCCCUCCGACAAAGGAGAUGGCCAAGGACAUUAUGACGAUACUGCGAACCCAUUUGAUCCCGCUCCUGGAAGCUCAAAUAUUUUUAAUCCCCAGCGCAAUGACAGCGGACUCGAAGAGCAUGCAGAAUACUAUUGCCUUCGACGCUAUGCUGACAGAAGAGAGGAGAUUAGUCGACAAUGGAACGAGCUCAAUAACCAAGUUGUUGCUGCAUACCUACUGUGCCAACAAACCACUCUCAACUGGACCACCCCACCAAACAAUUACACCCUACCCCCAGGCGUAUGUACAUGUCCAUCCAACGACAUUUCAAUACGGAAAGUGGAUUUACUCGAUAUGCUCCGGAAGCCCAUACCUUUUUGCAAGUGCACACCGGAUGUUGUUCGAUUGAUUCACUACGGUUAUUUCGCAUGUUCGGCAGAAGCACCUCGCACAGCCUUUUCAAUACGACUGGUUCAGUACCACCAUCACUUGUGGCAAGCAACCGCAGUAUCUGCGUCGGGGUUCAUUGAAUCUCUGAGCUCUUUCCUCGACACUCGUACCGAUUCUCCUUUGCUCAACCGUGGAAGUACUCAUAAGCGUCGUCAGCUCCGCGUCCCCUUCUCACACUGCAGCGACCUCUACUCCCGCAUCCUGACUAGCCAAAAAAAAUUGUUUGAAGAUGGAUUACAACUGACCAAAUCAGACAAGUGGGCUAACAAAUGCCCACAAUGUUUUGGACCCCAACACCACGAGGUUAAAUCUGAUCCGACUGAGCCCGACUUUAUGAUAGCACUAGACGGAAACUUUCAGCAACGACACUAUGCAGAUGCAAGCAAAGAUAAUCCACGUGAGGAGCAAUACCCCGAAAGCUUUAUCCUCCCUUCGAAGAUUGCAAAUGACAUGGAGGCUUUAAGUGCAUCAGAGCAUGUGGCAGUAGGCAUCAAUGUAUGUUAUUACGUUACUCUUUGA